AUUUCAACCGCGCGCUAUUUCAUGACGUGAUGAAACCAUCAGCACCAACAGUCUGCCCUGAUCAUUUUCUCCCUAAUAUCUACUGUUUCCAUUGUUUGAUAUUUUAGGAUAGAUGGGACCACAUGUGCUCUGGGAUUUGUCUAAGGUGUUUACAAUACAUCGAAAGGGUUAGGGUUCAGAGGCCAGUAGUGGAGACUGUGUGUCUGACACCACUGUCCUCCAGGCUCCUGGACACCUGCCUGCCUCAGGAGGAGGCAGGAUGUGAUGUCACAGUGGCGCUCCCUUCUUCUUCCUGUCCAGCGGUGUGUGUGAGAGCGGUGGAGGCUCCGCCCACACGGCGAGCAGACGAACAGGAGAGAUGUUUGAGGUGAAACCCCGUGGCGUGGAGAAGAAGGGCGGAAGCACAGAGACUGAUGACACCAGUAGCAGCAGUAAGCAGUGUGGUGGAGGGGGGUCGAUGGGCUCCCAGGGGUCAGAGUCUCUGUACCUGUAUGACAGCCAGGACUGGGUGAUCUCUCCCAUCUGCUCCCCUGAAGAGGAGCCCUGCCCCACCACCAUCUCCCCCAUGCUGGCCGAGGAUACCUUCACAUACAUGACUUAUCUUUCCCUGGAUCCCUCUUCCUACUCUCACCCUGGCUCCCGAGUCCUCAGUGCUGAUAGGGUGGAGCAGAUGACCAAGACCUACAAUGACAUUGAGGUUGUCACACAUCUAUUGGCUGAGCGGGACCGGGACUUGGAGCUGGCCGCUCGGAUUGGUCAGUCUCUGCUUCAGAGGAACCACCUGCUCCAGGAACGCAAUGAGUCUGUGGAGGAACAGCUAGCACAGGCCCUGGACCAGGUGCACCAGCUACAACAUGAGCUGGGGAAAAAGGAUGAGUUGCUGAGGAUGGUGGCCAGCGCUUCGGAGGAGAGUGAGACUGAUUCCAGCUGCUCAACGCCGCUGCACCCCCGCCAACCCCUAGCGCCAGCUGUGGCCCUCAGCCAGCUGGAGGCCCUGCAGGGGAAAAUGUCUGAUCUGGAAGAGGAGAACCUGGCCCUACGCUCUGAGGCCCGUCAUCUGAAGACGGAGACCAUCACCUACGAGGAGAAAGAACAACAGCUGGUCAGUGACUGUGUCAAGGAGCUACGCGAGUCCAACAGUCAGAUGGUGAACCUGACAGAGGAGCUGUCCCAUAAGAAUGAAGAGGUGAUGAGACACCAGGAGGAGAUUUCCCAGCUCCUCUCCCAGAUAGUAGAGCUCCAACACCGCGUCAAAGAGUUGGCCCUGGAGAAAGAGGAGCUGAGGAUUCACCUACAGGCCUCGAAAGAUGCCCAGAGAUCACUCACUGCAGAGCUGAAUGAGCUAGCGGACCGUAAUGUAGAGUGUGUGGGGAUGCUACAUGAGUCUCAGGAAGAGAUCAAGGAGCUGCGCAGUAAGAACACUCCGUCUGCAGGAAUGAGACGACACCUGCCCUAUGGACUCUUCCCCAUGGACUCCCUGGCAGCAGAGAUUGAGGGCACCAUGAGGAGAGAGCUGAGUGUCGAGGACGAGGUGGCUUUCCAGGAACAAAAGGUUUCCCAGAAGAGGGUGUUUCAGACUGUACGCGUGGUCAACGAGUCGGUAGAGCGAGCUGCGGCGAUGGCCACGCCCCCUAUCCCCGGCUCGGGAGGCAGCUGCCUGGUGAUGACGGCCCAGCCCUUCCUGUCCGCACAGGGGAUCGACCAAUCACACGGCGGCGCCAAUAGGGAGGAGGUCCCGCUCGGCAAGCCUGGCGCACCAGGAGGAAAUGACCUCGUGUCGGCGCUGCACCGCCUCUCCCUGCGGCGGCAGAAUUUCCUGUGCGAGCGGCAGUUCUUCCAGGCGGAACGCGAUAAGAAGCUGGAGGCCCUGGCCGGGGGAGCGGAAUCAGAUGUGGAGGGGAGUGGCUACAGCUCACCAAUGAGCAGCGUCAUGUCAUCCUUCACCAACCUAUCAGAGUUCUCGGUCUCGUCCAGCUGUUUUAAGACCUUCCUGCCUGAGAAGCUGCAGAUCGUCAAGCCCAUGGAGGGCUCUCUGACUCUGCACCACUGGCAGCAGCUGGCCAAGCCCCACCUGGGCACCAUCCUGGACCCCCACCCGGGCGUGGUCACCAAAGGCUUUCGGCCCCUCCCCCAUGAUGCUCUCGCCGACGCCGUCUACCGCCUCACCGACCUGGAGGAAGACGAAGAGGGAGGCGACGAAGAACAGACAUAUGACAUGAGAGGAAACGGAGGGAAGGAAGGGACAGACGCCUGGGAGAAGAGGAUGGAGGAGGAGGAGGAGGAGGAGGAGGAGGAAGGAGGGAUCACCUUCAAGGUGCAGUGCUCAUCAACACCGGAGGAGAACAGGGAGAGGAUUAGGGAGCGUUUGCCGUUGAACGGGCCACCGGUGUGUCCCGUGUCUCCCGUUUUCCUACCAGUACCAGGCUCUCCACAGCUCCCUCUAUUCCCGAUCACCUGUGACCUCCCUAUGACCUCUAAUGCCCCCUGUGACAUCAUCAGGAGCCCGGCUCUCUUGGCUCCGCCCGUCACAGUAACGUCCAUGGCUCCUGUCCAAUCCCAGAGCCUGACUGUCACCAGUCUUACCACUACUACAUCCUCGUCAGUUUAUAACCCGGGGAAAUGUCAGAGUUCAACGUCUUCCACCUACACCUUCACAACCUGCCGCAUCCUGCACCCCUCUGACAUCACCCAGGUUACCUCCAGUUCCCACUGUCAGUCUUCUGUCUCAGAGUACACUCCCAGCUCCAUGAGGACAGGCCCCAGCACCCCGGUGACCCCCUGCAGGCUAAGUUUGGGGGUGGACUCCUUCCCCCCUCGACGUCCCCCCGCCCCCUGUGGCCUGGCCAAGCUGGUCCUGGAGAGGGGCAUCUCUGCUUCCCUCUCCACUGCCGACGCCCCCCCUCCCUCUCACCUUAAAGCCCCACUCCCCCAGCGUCUCCUCCCCAGCACACCCCCCAACUCCCCGUCCCACUCGCCGACCCCCUCGCCUGUGCCCUUUGAGUCCCGCGCCUCUGCGCCAGCCACCUGUGACAACUUCCUGGCAUCGCGUCCGGCCGAGCUCUUCCUCCAGGAUGUGUAUGGGCUGAAGUUUGGCCGCACCCAUUGCCCCAACCUCCCCAGCCCUGACCCCGCCUCACAUAGCUUCAGCCACAGCCCCAGAAUCAAAUCCAAAGCCAAACCCGACCCCAUUAAUGUAAACUUAGUCGAGAGGCUACGCCGGCUGGGAUUGGUCAAGGUACUCCAGGGGGCGGAGCCGUUGUCGGAGGGCCUGGGGCGUCAGGACUCGGCCACCUUCCUAGCCACAGGCGGAGGCAGCCUAUUGGACGGCCUGCGGCGGAACCAGAGCCUCCCAGCUAUGAUUGGAGCGGCGCGGGGAAGCCCCUCCCACCAUCCGGGCCAGGCCCCACCUCAACCACCCACCUCCCUCGCCAUCGCCCCGCCCCUCUGGGGCAACCUGAAGGGGCAGCGCUCUGUCCGCGCUAGGCCCGCCUCCACCUCCCACGCCCCACCCCAUUCACUCAAACGCUGAAGAAGUUAUGACACUACAGGGAGGCAGGGUUUGGAGGGGAGCCAGCACUGAACAGAACCAUUUGGGCCCACACCCUCUUUCCCCCCUCCAUCCCUCCCUGCCUCACUCCUUCUCCGCAUCUCUUUUAGACUGAUAUUCAGCGAAGAAAAGGGAAACAAGUGGGAAUAAAAGACCCUCUUCUUUUUUUAUAAAUUCUUUUUAAAAGCACAAUAUUGUUAAAAAUGGAAAUUUGCAUUAAUGCCACGGUAUGUAUGCCAUUUUCAAAGAAUUAGCUUGACAGCAAAGGGCUUUAUUAGCUGUUAUUAGCCUUGCCUGCCUUCCCCCUCCAGCCCUCUAGGGGCGCUGUAGCUAGAUGUUCUCCCUGCUCUCUUCCGCUCUGCUCCUGCUACAGUAGUUAUUCAUCUGUGAGGCUCUGGAUGCUCAAAAGAUGGGAAGAUGACAGAGGGAAUAAGUAAGUUGAUGAGGGCUUGAGAAUGUUAUAGGGAUGGGGAAGAAGAGAAAAAGAGGAAGUGGCAGAAUGGAUUUUGACUGUGGUGUCAAGGAGAGGAAGAACAAGCAAGAGAAAGAGAUGAGGGAGAGAGACGAGGAGGACAGAGAUGAGGGGGAUGAGAGAAGAGCAGUGUGAAGAGAGAGCUUGAGCCUCCAGAGCCUCACUGUCUAGGGGCUGGUUGUUCUGUAGUUUGAAAAGCUUUCUAAAGUUCAUUUUUAAAAGCAGUAGAGCAGUUUGUCAUGUAUAUACGCUAGCUAGCCUCGCUACGCCCCUUAGCUUCUCUUAGGAACCAGGCUGGUGCCCAUGCACCUUACUACUGCCAUCCCGUUGCUAGGGAACUACAAUCUAGCCUUCCCAGUGUUACUACUAACACAAUGAUCCUUUUGCUUUGCUGUCGUCAGGGGCAACUCUCUCUGUGCAUUGUAAUAGGCUACAACCAGUGUCUGAAAUGCAUGGUGUGUCCUGAAAACGACACACUUCUUUGCCUACAGGUCCCAGCAUGCAGCUGGCCCUCUGAGGGUGGGUAGGGCCCAGCCGUGCAGCGUGAUUGGCUGUAGUGGUCUGACUGACAGGUCCGAGGCUGCUCCUCCUCAGGUCUCUCAUAAGGAAGAGGUUGUAAAGCCUUAAAGGAGAAGCCUGUUUGUUCUGUUUGGGUGUUUUUUGCUUUAAAGCCAUGUGUAUAUUUUAUUAGACACUUAGUGGGAUCGGUAGGUUUUGUUUGGGAUGCCGUUAGCCUGGUCCCAGAUCUGUUUGUGCGGUCUUGCCAUACCGCUAUUGUCAUUGUCAUGUUACAGCACAAACUGAUCUGGAACCAGGCUAGGAUGCAGAUGGGAUGGACUAUUCCUCAGCUUGUGGAGAUCUGAGAGGAUUUGAUUGGUAUAACCAAUAUGGUGAUACUUCCACCUAGCCUAUCAGAGGGCAAGGUAGAUUUAUUACCAAAUUGCUUACACCUGUGAAAUCCUGACAGACUCGCCCCUGGUACAAGAGGUUUGGUCCCAAACGGGGAGCCAUCAGCAUCCUAGGUAGUAGUGGGUGUACUAUGUUUUAAUCCAGGUUAGCUCUGAGUCUCAUCUAAUGCAUGGUUCACUACUACUGUGGUUAUGGUCUUAAAAGGUACUCUAUUCACUCAGCGGCCAGUAGAGGGCAACAUGGUGUUGUGUGAUAUUGAACAGCUAUGAGACUAACGGUCUUUAGUACCUUCCCCUGUAAUGCUGUUUAUUUUAAAUCUGAAAGGACUUGAUGGGUAUAGCGGCAGAGCCUAAGCAAUAUGGGGAAAUUCCAGCUAGCCUAUCAGAGGUCAAGAUCAAACAAAUCCCAUAUUGUUUUUCCUUUCAGGUCUACUGGAGUGUGUAGUGGGGAGGGGCUAGACUAGAGCCUGGGUACCAGUCUGUGUUCUCAUUCCACUCCAGUGUUCACAUGACACAGAGUACAUGAAGUGGAAUGCUAGCUAAACAGGUUCUGUAUUUCAAGCUAGCUAGACUAGUGUGUGACCCUUUGACCCUGUGCCCUUUGACCCAUACUUGACCCCUGGUGUGACCCUCAGACGUCCCUGCUAUACCUCUUUUCUUACCGUCCGUCCGUCCAUCUGACCUAUCCCACUCAUGUACUGCACUUUUUAACCUGAUUUACAGAGAUCACUAGUUAGGAAAUAUUAUUAGUGACAAAUAUUGAUAUAUAGACUAGGUUAUAGCAUCAAAUACUGUAUUAUUAUCAAAGGUAAUAAGUUAUUUAUCAUUUCAUGUAGACAUUUAUUUUACUUUUUUUUUUGUGCCUCCAUUGUGUGAUGAACCAUUGAAAAGGGAAUCCAAGCUGUCAUGUAUUUAAAACUGUAUAUCAGUGCAAACCAAAACUCAUUUUUAAAUACAGUGAAAUGCUUUGUGUUGGCUUGUGUGUGUUGUAUUACCUAUGUAACCACGAGGAAAGAGCAUCAGUUUUAUACUAGGGUUUCUGCUAUGGGGGAGGUAUAGGAGGAGAGGGGUGAAGACACUGUUCGUUCUAUGACUCAUACCGUUGGCUCUAUUGAAUGUAGCUGAUGGGUGAUGGUCCUUAUGGGCUCUGUGUCGUUGGAAGUGUUCAUUAUUGGUUUUCGACCUGGCGCCUCUCCUCCAUGCUUCAUAAAAUACCCAAGAUUACCUUUUUGGUGCUUUUGUUUUAAUAAAGGACAUGAGAAAUGA